AUGAACAGUACCACUAUUGAUGGCGAUAAACUUAAGGCUUUCACAGUAUUACUGAUGGAUACAUUAUGGGAACCCAUCAAUAACUCAAUUGCGUGUUUCCCGUCGCUCCGGGGGACAGAAACACCAGUCUUUCAAGUUUAUCAAAAUGAUGGUACAUCAGAUUUACCACAAAAUGCCGAAACGGCCGUUUUUACUGAACAUGGACAAUCGAGUUCUAACACCAUUUCCCUGCAUGACAGGAAUAUUGGACCUUACGAUGAUGCCAUCCAGAGGGGAUCGUCCAACGAGAUUUUUCAUCAAACUCAUGGCAAUUAUGUACCAUUGUGGAAUCAUUCGCAAAGGAUCUGGGACGCUUUGGAAUCGAAUGGCGGCAUACCUCCCACCUCUGGGCUGUCGCAGACAGCUGAUGGGGAGUGGGAGAUGCAUGUCGGACCGAAUGCCAGUGUGGUGAAUGAGCAUAUUCUAGCUCCAAUGGUUGGGCUGUCAGAAACAGCUACUGAGGAAUGGGAGAUGCAUGUUGGACCAAACGCCAGCGUGGUGAAUGAGCAAUUCUUAGCUCCAAUGGCUGGGCUAUCACAUACAGCUGUUGAGGAGUGGGAGAUGCAUGUUGGGCCGAAUGCCAGCGUGGUAAAUGAGCAACUCUUAGCUCCAACAGCUGGCUUACCAGGUGAAGGGUGGAAUGGAUUGGACGUUUAUAGACCAGUGUCCGUGUAUGAGUUUAAUGAUUCAACUCGCAGAUUUAGUGUUCCCGCUGUUUAA